AAAAUCAUCAUACAUAUGCCUCUUAGCAGCCAUGGGGACCCUGUUGCUGCUUUGUGCUUUGGGGGCUUUAUUCAGCUGUCCAUCUAGCGCUGGAUGGGCAGGGAGGGAGUUUGUCUUGUCAUUCAUGCAGAAUUAUGCUCCUAACUACGACAGUCCUCGCUUUCAGCUCUACAUCACAGCUGUUCAGGCCAAUGCUAAAGUGACAGUGCAAGUUCCUCCUAUAAACUUCAAGCAAGAGAAAACUCUAAAUGCUGGAGAGACAGUCACCAUCAGUCUCCCCACUAGUAUUGAGAUGUACGGCAGCAAGAAAUCUCCCAACACAGUGCGCAUUGAAGCCUCGGCUGAUGUGACCGUAACUUCCUUCAACUACAAGCUGUACACAGCAGACACCUCUGUGGUGUAUCCCACCACUGAAUGGGGCACAGAAUAUUUCAUCUUUACACCUGCUGGAACCCCUUAUGGCUCCUAUAAAGAGUUCUCUGUGACAAAUGGGAAAGAGAGCAACGAAGUGGAGAUUUUCCCUCAAGGCCCAAUCAAGUUCCAGGGUCGUGUCUAUAGGCAAGGCAACCGAAUGGUACUAGAUCUCCAACCGUAUGAAAGUGUCCAGCUCCAGAGCGUGUAUGAACUUUCUGGCACCAGAGUCGCCUCUCAGCGCCCUGUUGCUGUAGUCUCGGGUCACACGUGCACCUGGCGCUUCUCGAAAUGUAAUCACGUUUAUGAGCAGCUACUGCCAGUAAGCAGAUGGGGAUCCAGCUUCGUUGUGCCUCCCCUGAGCUUCCAGAAGAGAUAUGACAGUGUCUACAUCCAGGCCUCCCAGCCCACCCGAGUCACUGUCCAAUACAGCAACCGCAAAAAUGUCCUGAGUCUGACCAGGGGGCAAGUAAUAGAGCUCCGCUACCAUGAUCCUGAAACACUGUCCAUUCAGGCUGAUCAUGGCAUCCAGGUCCUCUUGCUUUUCAACGGUGUCGCACGGAGCUGGCUCAAAUUCUAUGACCCUUUCUUGAUGACCAUCCUGCCCACAGACCGUUUCUGCUCCUCUUACUCUCUAGAGGCUCUGAAGGGCUUUGAAAACCAAGCCCUGAUUGUGGCACAGACCAGUGCAAUGGCAGAGUUGCGUAUUGAUGGUACGAACUUGCCCCGUGGUGUCCAGUGGAAAAAGGUUCCAGGGACAGAUUUCUCCUGGGCGCAUAUGCCCUACAAACAAACACCUGGCAACAAUCGACACACACUGUCCAGCUCUGGUUCCCGCUUUGGUCUCUACAGUUUGGGAGUCAGCCAGAUGAAUGGUUAUGGUUCCCCAGGACAAUGUAUCCAGCCAGGAAGUGGAUCUUUGUCCUGCAGCACUAUCACCUGCAGUGCCAGUGAGGUGUGUGAAAUGAGGGGUGGGUAUCCCUCAUGUGUCCCCAAGCCAGGGGAGCGCAAACCUGGUACCUGCACAGCCAUGGGAGAUCCUCAUUACCGUACCUUUGACGGGCGACAUUAUAACUUCAUGGGUACCUGCACAUAUGUUAUUGCUAAAAACUGUGGAAAGGAUGAUCUCCCAGCCUUUGAGGUCGUCGCCCAGAAUGAGAACAGAGGAAAUCUCAGGGUUUCAUAUGUCGCCCUGGUCACAGUGAAGGUGUAUGGCGUCACCAUCACAAUAGCUCGGUCUGAGACAGGUCGUGUAAGGAUUGACAAUAGUCUGUGGGGUUUGCCAGUAUUCUUGAACAACAACAAACUAGUUAUGUUUCAGAGCGGCCGCUCUGUCGUCAUUGAGACUGAUUUUGGUCUGACUGUCCGUUAUGACUGGGAACACUAUCUUGUGAUCAAUCUGUCUGGCAGUUACGCGGGUAAGACUUGUGGUCUCUGUGGCAACUUCAAUGGCAACCCCAGAGAUGAUUUCACCACACCCUCCGGCACCCAGGCAGGUGGGGCUGUGGCCUUUGGAAGCAGCUGGAAGGUGCCAGGGCUGGUGAAAGAUGCUCUGUGCAGAGAUGACUGUGUGGGUGGCUGUGAGCGCUGCGAACACAGCCUGAUGAAGAUGUGGGAGGGUAACUUGUUUUGUGGGCUCAUCACACUUAUAAUAAAUGGCCCAUUCAGCAAAUGUCAUGCCGUCAUUGACCCACAAGCAUACCUGGAGAACUGUAAAUAUGAUGUAUGCAUGGGAGGCGGCCUUCGACAUUUCCUCUGCAGGGCUCUGGAGGCUUACACUGAAGCCUGCCAGCUUGCUGGGAUCCAGGUCCAAGACUGGAGGAGGAUUGCACGAUGCCCUACUGACUGUCCAGCCAACAGCCACUAUGAGCUUUGUGGCAAUGCCUGUCCUGCCACUUGUUUUGACCCUAAUGCUCCUUCCAAAUGCAAACGCCGCUGUGUGGAGACCUGCACCUGUAACGCAGGCUUUGUUCUGAGCGGAAGCCAGUGUGUGCCCGCUGCCCAGUGUGGAUGUACGUACGAGGGUCGAUACAUCCCUGCUGGGGAGUCAUUCUGGGCUGACCAGGGCUGCCGGCGACUGUGUAAAUGCGUAGCUGGAAGCAGACGGGUGGAGUGCCAGGAUAAAGGCUGUGGGGCAGGGCAGCAGUGCCAAGUGGUUGAGGGCAUAAGGAAGUGCCAAGCAAUCUCCCACAGCACUUGCCAGGCCACCGGUGACCCCCAUUACGUGACCUUUGACAAGAGGAAGUUUAACUUCCAGGGCACAUGUGUGUACCAACUGGUUGCACUUUGCUCCAAGAACCCAGAUUUGGUGCCCUUUGAAGUGUUGGUGCAGAAUGAUCACCGGGGCAGCAAGGUGGUUUCCUACACCAAAUUAGUGGAGAUCAAGGUGUCCUCCCUCAGCAUUGUCAUUUCAAAGACCUACAAGGGCAUGAUUAUGGUGAAUAAUGAGCUGGUCAACCUGCCUGUAACCCUGGAUGGAGGGCAGAUAUCUGUGUAUAAGAGCGGCUGGUACGCUGUAGUUACCACUAACUUUGGCCUCAAAGUGUCCUUCAACUGGGAAAGUGCAGUUUUUGUAACACUGCCAAGCAACUACAUGGGAGCCGUUUGUGGCCUCUGUGGCAACUAUAACGGCAAACCUCAAGAUGACCUGAUUCCAAAGAAUGGUGGCAAACCUGUCUCACCAAAAGAUUUUGGUACCAGCUGGCGAGUGGCAGAGAUCCCAGGCUGUGUUGAAGGCUGUAAAGGGGUGUGUCCUGAUUGUGACAUUACCCAGAAGGUUCAGUACGAAAAAGGAGAUUUCUGUGGUAUUUUGACAGACCCCAAAGGUCCGUUCCGUGAUUGCCAUGCCAAGGUGGACCCAGCUGGCUACUUUGAAGAUUGUGUUUAUGAUGUGUGCCUGUAUAAGGGCAGAAAGGAUGUGCUCUGUCAGGCUAUUACAUCGUACACCUCUGCCUGCCAGGCUGCGGGAGCCAAAGUGUACAGCUGGAGAACCAGUCAGUUCUGUGCGGUGAAAUGUCCAGUCCAUAGCCACUAUGAAGUCUGUGCAAUGGCCUGUCCUGCCUCAUGCAAGAGCUUGAUCCCUCCUCAAGGAUGCCAGGCUCAGUGUGAGGAGGGAUGUUCCUGUGAUGAAGGGUACAUCCUCAGUGGAGAUCUCUGUGUUCCCUUCUCAGAGUGCGGCUGCCUCCACGAAGGUCGCUACUACCGCAUCGGCCAAGUGUUUUAUCCUAAUGGACAGUGUCAGGAGGAAUGCAAGUGCACACAAGAUGGAGAGGUUGAGUGCAAGAAGUUUGCAUGUGGCCCAAAUGAGAAGUGUAAAAUAGAGAAUGGCGUCCAAAAAUGUCACCCUGUUGGUAAGGGUGUGUGCCAUGCCUCUGGUGACCCCCAUUACAGCUCUUAUGAUGGGCGAAAAUUUGAUUUCCAGGGCACCUGCACCUACACACUCUCUGAGAGCUGUGGGCUGGAAGGCACCAACCUGGUAGCCUUUUCUGUUCAGGUGGAGAACGUGCAGUGGAACCAGAUAAGGAACAAAGUGGUGUCCGUCACUAAACUGGUUGCUGUGGAAGUCUACGGCUUCACAAUCAUCAUGAGGAACAACAUGUUUGGGGUCCUGGUAAAUGGAGUGUUUAACUACCUUCCUCUGAAUCUUAAUGAUGGAGCAGUGCAAAUCUAUCAAGAAGGCAUACAUUAUGUUAUUGCAACAAAUUUUGGACUGCUUGUCACUUAUGACCUGGUCUAUCAUGUGACAGUCACAGUACCUGGUAAUUACCGCGGUAAGGUCUGUGGCCUGUGUGGCAACUACAACGGCGAUCAAAAAGACGACUUCCAAAUGCCCAACCGUAAGCUCACCAACAACGUGAAUGCGUUUGGAAAAUCAUGGAAGGUCACCAUCCCUAAUGUGGUGUGUGGAAAUGGCUGUGAAGGGAAUAACUGUCCUGACUGUGAACCGGCUCGCAAGGCUGUGUUUUCAAAGACCACUUACUGUGGUAUUGUUACAGCACCCAAAGGUCCUUUUGCAGACUGCCAUAGUAAAUUGAACCCACAGCCAUACUUUGAUGACUGUGUGUUUGAUCUGUGUGCCUCCAACGGUGAUGGAAAGGUGCUGUGUAACAGCGUAGCAGCAUAUGCCUUCAACUGUCACAUGGCAGGAGUGGAUGUCAAAAACUGGAGGACGGCUUCAUUCUGUCCCAUGAAAUGCCCAGCCAACAGUCACUAUGAGGUGUGUGCAGACCCCUGCUCUGCAUCCUGCCAGGGCCUCACAGAGAUUGUCCAGUGCUCCAGCAGCUGUAUAGAAGGCUGUGAAUGUGACGAUGGCUUCUUAUUCAAUGGACAAAUGUGUGUUCAAGAGUCUCAGUGUGGCUGCUAUGAGAAUGGAAAAACUUACAAGCCUGGUGAAGUGGUGUAUGAGAAAGACUGUGACACAAAGUGCACCUGUAAUCCAGCGACAGGCCUUGUCUGUGAAAAGCAUUCAUGCCCUCAAAGCACCAAAUGCAUGGUCAAGAAAGGAAUCAGGGCAUGCUACAACACAGAUCCCUGCAAAGAUGCCAAGUGUCGGGUCAAAGAGAAGUGCCGUGUUGAGAAAGGAGAAGCUGUGUGCGUCCCUGAGUACACAGGCGUCUGCUGGGCCUGGGGUGACCCCCACUAUCACACUUUUGACGGUUACAACUAUGACUUCCAGGGCACGUGCAAAUACGUCAUCUCCAAGACAUGCGGGAGUCUGGAUGGUCUAGUGCCGUUCUUAAUCACUGAGAGGAAUGAUAACCGUGGAAACACAGCAGUUUCUUACGUCAGGGAGGUAGAUGUGUCUGUGUACGGGUACACCAUCACCAUCCGCAAGAACCAAGUUGGUCGAGUCACGGUGGAUGGUGAGCUGUUGAAUCUACCUGUGCAACUGGGUGAGGGUGAGGUGUCAGUGCUUCAGCGUGGUCACACUGCAGUGGUAGAGACAAACUUUGGCCUGGUUGUCUCCUACGAUUGGAACUGGGAGUUUAUCAUCAGGCUGCCCAGCAGCUACUACGGCAGUGUCUGUGGUCUAUGUGGCAACUUCAACGGCAACAGCCGCGAUGAGCUGCAGAAUCCAGCUGGCAAAGCUGUCUCCUCAGUGAUAGAGUGGGGCAAGAGCUGGCAAACGCCUGACCAGGACAAAGACCAUCCUUGCUGGGACACAUGUGUGAAAAACUGUCCUACCUGUGACGGUAGCCAGGUUAAGCUCUAUGAGACUGAGGCUUCCUGUGGGGCCCUUGCAGCCAAGACCCAUGGUGUGUUCCAGAAAUGUCAUGGAAAAUUGGACCCCCAGGCCUUCAUGAACAGCUGUGUGUAUGAUAUGUGUUUGAAUAAGGGAGACAAAAAGAUGCUGUGCCAGGCAUUGGCCUCCUACAGUAAGCAAUGUCGUGAGGAAGGAAUAAUAAUCAAGGGGUGGAGGAAAAUGUUUGGCUGCCCGAUGAACUGUCAGCGUCACAGCCACUAUGAAGACUGUGCCAGCCCAUGCCAGCCAUCCUGCCCAUUCCCUGAGCAAAAGCAAACCUGCAAUGGUGUCUGUGUGGAGAGCUGUGUGUGUGAUAAGGGCUACGUCCUCAGCGCUGGUGUCUGUGUGCCUGCUAAAACAUGCGGUUGCUCCUAUCAGGGCCGCUACUACAAGCCAGGUCAACACUUUUGGGAUGAUGAGACUUGCGGCCGCCUAUGCGAGUGUGAUGCGACGCUGGGCAUGGUGACAUGCCGCGAGGCUUCCUGCUCUGCCAACGAGAGGUGCACCAUAGUGGACGGGGAGCGUGCCUGCCGACCCAUCAGUCACGCCACUUGCUCGGCCUCAGGUGACCCACACUACCGGACUUUUGAUGGCCGCAGGUAUGACUUCCAGGGCACAUGUGUAUAUCAGCUGGUGGGACUGUGCUCUCAGAAGACUGGGCUUGUGCCUUUCAAGGUGACUGUGCAGAACGACCACCGAGGAAGCAAGGCUGUGUCCUACACAAGGACUGUCACGCUUACCAUAUAUGGCAUCACCCUUACCAUCAGCAGAGAAUACCCCUACAGGGUCCUGCUCAAUGGGCAGCUUGCUUCGUUACCACUGGUUUACAAUAAUGAGCUGCUCGUGUUUCUCAGCGGCUGGACAGCUGUAGUGGAGACAGUUGCUGGUAUCACCGUGACCUUUGACUGGCGGAGCACAGUGAGCGUUACUCUGCCCAGCAACUAUCAGGGCGCAGUCUGCGGACUGUGUGGCAACUACAAUGGUAAAGCUCAGGAUGACCUGACCAUGCCGAACGGCCAGACUGCCAAUAAUGGAGCCAAGCUGGGGGAGAGCUGGCAGGUGGCCCUCGUACCAGGCUGUUCAUCAGUCUGCCAAGGGGCAUGGUGCCAGGCCUGUUCAGAAUCCCAGAGGAAAGAGUACCAAGCCCAGAAAUACUGUGGUAUUAUCGCUGACAAGGCAGGGCCUUUCAGAGAUUGUCACAUGCGUGUGGACCCUGCUCCUUACCUGGAGGACUGUGUGUAUGAUGCCUGUCACUAUCAUGGCCAUCAUGAAUCAGUCUGUGAUGCCGUGGGAGUCUAUGUCUCUGCCUGUCAGAGCCUAGGAAUCACCAUCCACUCCUGGAGAAGAGAUAAUUUCUGUUCAAUGGUGUGUCCAGCUAAUAGCCACUAUACUCUAUGUGCUACGGGUUGCCCAGCCACCUGUGCCAGUUUAAUCUCCCUUACCACGUGCCGCAGGCCCUGUACAGAAGGCUGUGAGUGUGACGAGGGCUUCUUGCUGAGUGGGGAUACCUGCGUGCCUGUGAGAGACUGUGGCUGCUCCUAUGAUGGUCAAUACUACAAGAAAGGCGACGUCUUCUACCCUGAAACCCAGUGUGUUGAGCAAUGCGUCUGUGGAGAGAAUGGCGCAGUGUCUUGCCAAAAGGCCAAGUGCCGGCCAGGGGAGACCUGUAAGCUUGUAAAUGGAAUGAAAAGCUGCCAUCCUGAGGGGCAAGGCAAGUGUGUGGCUUCCGGUGACCCUCAUUACAUUUCCUUUGAUGGCCGGAGGUUUGAUUUCCAGGGUACCUGUGUCUAUGUAUUGGCCAAGGUUUGUGAUGAUGACAAGGGCUAUCUGACGCCAUUCACUGUAACUCAGGGGAAUGAGAAGUAUGGAAAUGGAAAAGUGGCUGUCACCAAGUCGGUUGCUGUGGCGGUCUAUGGUUUUGUCAUUCACAUCCAGCAGGGAAUGCCAUGGAAAGUCAUUGUGGAUGAUGAACUCCUGAACCUUCCUCUCUCACUGGACAAUGGACGUCUGAGAGUCACCCAGGAAGGUCGCAACAUAAUUGUCCGGACAGACUUUGGACUGAUAGUUCUGUAUGACACAGUCUAUUAUGUUGAGGUGAUCGUACCUUCUACAUACCAGGGUAAGAUGUGUGGUCUUUGCGGCAACUACAACAAGAAGGGUGGCGACGACUUCAUACUUCCUGGUGGCAGACAGACAAAGAACGUCGAUGACUUUGGGAAGGCGUGGGUGGUGGACCUGCCUGGGCAUGUGUGUGGGGGCUGUGGAGGCCAGUGUCCAGUAUGUGAGCAGGCCAAGGCCACCAUGUAUGGAAAACCGGACUCUUGUGGCAUCAUGAGUGCACCUAAUGGGCCUUUCAAAGCCUGCCACAGUAAAAUUGACCCAGCAGCAUAUGUGUCUAAUUGUGUGUUUGAUGUUUGUGCUUUGGGUGGCGACAAAGACACCCUUUGUAACAGUGUGCAGGCCUAUGCUUUGGCCUGCCAGAGCGCAGGAGUGAAACUACAGCCAUGGCGGAGCGCCUCUUUCUGCCCUGCUUCCUGCCCUCCACACAGUCACUAUGAGAUGUGUGCCGACACCUGUAGCGGGACCUGUGCCAGUUUUAUUUUCCCAUUUACUUGUUCUGAAAGCUGUUUUGAAGGAUGCCAAUGUGAUGCCGGCUUUGUUUUUGAUGGCAUCCAGUGUGUUCCUUUGGACAACUGUGGGUGUGUGCACAAUGGCAGAUAUCUGACGGUGGACCAAACAGUUGUGGACAAAGAUUGUAACUCCAAGUGUGUGUGUCAGGCCUCUGGGCUGGUGAAGUGUGAAAAGCUGUCCUGUGCCAGUGGAGAAGUUUGUGGUGUAAGAGAGGGGGUCAGGGGUUGCCACAUCAAAAGGGGCCACUGCAGUGUCAGCCAAGUCGGCCACCUCACAUCCUUUGACGGCAUGUCUGGAGCUAUAGGCGCUAAAGGGGCAUUUGAAGUGGCGUCUCUGUGUGACGAGACUGCUAAGCUGUGGUUCCGUGUAGUUGUGGACGUUAGGGUCUGCAGUAGAGGUGCGUCUCCCACUGUAGCCACCGUGUAUGUGUUCUUCAAGGAAACCACCGUCGCAGUGAACAGCCAACACGUGACCUGGGUAAAUGGCAGGAAAGUGUCUCUUCCCAGCAAAGUGACGAGUGAUGUAUCCGUCCAAAUCUCAGAAAGGACUGUGAUCAUUGAGAGGGCAUCUGCUGUGCGGGUCACCUACUCAAUUUCACAGGAGGUCACCGUCAUUAUUGACAGUAGCCUGUCCGGUAAAGUGUGUGGUGCCUGUGGCAACUACAAUAACAACUCCAAAGAUGAUAUGAAGACAGCAGAUGGAAAAAUCACCACUGAUGUGUCUGUGAUUGUCGGCUCCUGGAGCGCUGGGGAUUUUUCUAGAUGCGGCCUGUAGAGAUGUUGGCUCUGCUGCGAUAGAAAGCAUCUGGUCUUCAGGAUGAAGAACAAUGUGAAGUCGUUCAGCUACAGUUGCUUAUUUACAGCCAGUUUCACUCAUCACACUUCAGUACUUCCUCUUGAUUCAUGAAAUGGUUUUGGUUGUUUACUGGUGGUCUGGUCCUCUAUUGUUAAUCUUGGAGCGAUAGAAAAACCUCGCUCACUCUUGACCAACACCUCCAUCUAGUGGAGGAAGGAAUUACAGCACCUCUAGUCUUCUCUUACCCUGUACCUGCCUUAUUAUACUUGCUUAGUUUUAAAAAAAUAUGUUCUACAAAAUGUGUUCCCCUUACUGUUCUGAGCAAUAAAUACAUUUUAAUUAAA